ACUCUGUACAGAUAUUUUGCAAUGUCCAUGUUUCGCAACAGCCUGAGACAGGCCAGUUUGGCAUCUUCCGCCCUGCGCACCAGUGCUUUGCGAAGAAAUGUUCUACGCACAACCACUCUGCGCAGCAUGUCCGCAAUCAGCACGAACACUGCUGGUGUAGCUGGAAUUGUUUCAGGAGAUGACCAGGCCGUCGGUUUGGAGAGAUACCAGCGCGAGGAGUUCGCCAAGGGAAAUAUGGAUCCAUUCUUCAAAGAUUUGAGAUGCUACCACUUCGGAACUGAGGAGAACCCUCACCUGGUGCCUUCUUUCCGUGAGGAUAGAAUCAUUGGUUGCACGGGAGGAACCGGCCUGAAUGAUUCCCCCCGUCCCCACGAGACAUUGUGGUACAACGUGGUCGCAGGCACAGACUUGGAGUGCAACGAAUGUGGACAAGUGUUCCAGCUAAUUCAACUGCAGUCUCCUAUCCCGAUCCCUGACGGCACUGACAUGCACCAUUAAAUGAAUUCUCGUUGCGACACUUCUCGGAUGAGUGUGCGAUAGUGGAUCAAAUGGUCUUUAAUGUGUAUGAAUGAAUCAGGAUUAAACUACGGAAGCCGAAUGGCUCAAUGCGAAAUGACAAUACAAAAGUUUGGG